AUGGUAGGUAAUGGAGAAGAAAGAAUGAAGGCAAUGGCUGAUCUCACUACCAACGUAUUAAACACCAUCAAUGAGGUCUCUGAAAUAGAAGGCGAAGACAUAAUGCCUAACACCUCUCUCCGGCGAAGUGGGUCGCCCAUCCCUCACGGCAGUAUUAUAACAUCCCGUGGUAAAGGAGCUUCCACGUCCACAUCGGAUGAGGCGUCACCAGUGGUGAAAAAGCUACUCGAGGCUUGGCUGACAAAUACGCUGAUCGACAUCCUCGACAAGCCCACUCAGAAGGCAGUUAGAGAAAAUGCAAGGACUUGCAUUGCACCAGCAACGACCAAGCAGCAAGACCCUCCCCCUCCAGUAACAAAACACCAAAAAAGAGUCGACAAAAUACCGGGUGCCCCAAAACUCUUGCCAAAAAGAGACGCUAGUCGGUUCGUUGAGCAACCCUACAGUGAUGAAUCCGCCUCUCAUGCCAUACCCAAGACCUUCAAGAUGCCGCCUUAUCUGAAAAUUUAUGACGGUACAACCGACCUCGAAGAUCAUGUAACUCACUAUGUCACCGCGGUAAAGGGAAAUGAUCUCGCCAAAGAACAAGUCUCCUCCAUCUUGUUGAAAAAGUUCGGCAAGACCCUUACCGGAGGAGCAUUAACUUGGUAUUCACAACUGCCUCCACGCUCCAUUGAAAUAUUCGAAGAGAUGGUCGACAAGUUCGUAACGGCCCAUGCUGGGGCUAAAAUGGCGGAGGCAAGAGUGAACGAUAUAUUUGCCAUCAAACAAUCAACCGGAGAGGGAUUGAGGGACUUCAUCGCUCGAUUCAAUAGAGUAAGGAUGACCUUACCGAAUGUAUCGGAAGGAAUGGAUGUAGCAACUUUCCAGAAUGGGCUAAAUAGGAAUGGCUCAAGGGCGACUAGAAACUUAUUAAGUCGGCUUAUGAAAUAUCAUCCAACCACUUGGGAUGAAAUAUACAACACCUACGGUGUCGAGGUCCGUGCUGACAAAGACGACCUGAAUGGGCCAACCCAUCGAUUGACCUCCGUACAAGCCGAAACUAGUAAGGAUCCAACCGAGAAAGGAAUCAACCAUAUGUCAGAAGCGCCAUCAUGCCCCCCUACUGCCAUGAAGAGGGCCCAUCUAGGCCAAGGACAUGGACUCAACGGAACGAGAGAGAUAUAA